CCCUACAUGAAAAACACCGCACUCGCGAGUCUUUUCUCCAUUUUUAUUCCUCGAACAGAAAAUCAGAUCCGCAGAGAAGAUAAUAGAAAUUUGCUGAAAACGAAAAGAAAGAGAAAGAGAGGUUGAAAUGGAGAGAUUGCAGAGGAUAUUCUCGGGCGCUGGUGGAAUGGGCCACCCACCUCCCGAUUCCCCACUCCUUGAUUCGUCCGAGCAGGUCUACAUCUCCUCCCUCGCUCUCCUCAAGAUGCUCAAACACGGGAGGGCUGGGGUCCCCAUGGAAGUGAUGGGAUUGAUGCUUGGGGAGUUUGUCGAUGAGUACACUGUCCGUGUUGUGGAUGUCUUCGCCAUGCCUCAGAGCGGUACUGGUGUCAGCGUUGAGGCUGUUGAUCAUGUCUUCCAGACUAACAUGCUUGACAUGCUCAAGCAGACCGGCAGACCAGAGAUGGUGGUAGGAUGGUACCAUUCUCAUCCUGGCUUUGGCUGUUGGCUUUCUGGUGUUGACAUUAAUACACAACAGAGUUUUGAAGCUCUGAAUCAAAGGGCUGUGGCAGUGGUCGUAGACCCAAUACAGAGUGUGAAAGGAAAGGUAGUGAUAGACGCCUUCCGCUUGAUCAACCCACAGACUAUGAUGCUUGGCCAAGAGCCACGCCAAACGACAUCCAACCUUGGACAUCUCCACAAGCCAUCCAUUCAGGCAUUGAUCCAUGGGUUGAACCGGCAUUACUACUCAAUAGCCAUUAAUUACAGGAAGAAUGAACUUGAGGAGAAGAUGUUACUGAACCUACACAAGAAGAAGUGGACUGAUGGCUUGACGCUCCAGCGGUUUGAUACUCAUUCGAAAACCAACGAGCAGACUGUCCAGGAGAUGCUGGACCUGGCCAUCAAAUACAACAAGGCAGUUCAGGAGGAGGAUGAGUUGCCACCAGAGAAGCUUGCAAUAGCAAACGUGGGCAGGCAGGAUGCCAAGAAGCAUCUGGAAGAGCAUGUCUCUAACUUGAUGUCGUCCAACAUUAUUCAGACACUAGGAACCAUGCUAGACACUGUCGUAUUCUAGAGGAACGACCGCUUGUUGGAAACGAGGCCUUGUGCUAGUGAAGUACAAGAUGAGCUGGACAGUUUCUGUGGAACACCAAAUCCAGCGAUGUCUCUUGAUUGAAAAAGGGUUGUGGUAGCCACCUCCAUUUUACUAUCUGUGACAACAAUUGAACAAUGAAUCUGAUGGCUGAUUGGCUGGAUUUUAAUGUUUAUCCGGUGGGCACAAUCUCCUUUACAGGAAUGCACAUGCAACAUGACUCAGAUGCGUAGUUCCAUUCCAUGCCUGAUGGUGGCACGGUUUCUAUGUUGCUUGGUGUAUUCUGUUUUAUUCCAUUUUUAUCACACUCAAUAGUAAACUGGCCACCAUGGUGGUAUGUAAUUGUCAGAUACGGACCUCUGCCAGAAAUAUUUUUAAUUACUAACCUAGUUUUCCUGGGCCAA